CUCCCAUUUGAAGGCUACAACGUGAGUAUAUUUCGGUAGUCAACAGACUGAGCUAGAAGUUGGAUACCUUGACGUUAAUUGCUCGGUGGAAUUUUGUAACGCCUGGAGGAAAGUGUAUUCUGGAUAAAGCAAGGCGUCUUUAUUUGGACAGCUGUCAUUUUAAAGUUAGUUUCAAUUGACACACAGAUAAUCCGCUGAGAUGGCAGUUGUCAUAGUCUAACUAAGCCUGUGAGGGCUGGGGCCGGAGCGAGGGACUGCCCAGACAGUCUCCAAAACGGAAGAUGUGUGAAACAGAGGAUGAGAGGAGUGCUCAGGCCAAGCAGCUCUUUGAGAACUUUGUCCAGGCGUCCACGUGUAAGGGCACUAUGCAGGCCUUUAGUAUCUUAUGCAGGCAGAUGGAUCUGAACCCGCUGGACUACAGGAACUUCUACAGCAACCUCAAAGCCACGGUCACCAACUGGAAGGCCAAGGCCCUCUGGACCAAACUGGACAAGAGAGCCGGCCACAAGGAGUACAAGAAAGCCCAAGCCUGUGAGGGCACUAGGUGUCUGAUCAUCGGAGGGGGCCCCUGUGGUCUGCGUACGGCCAUAGAGCUGGCUCUGCUGGGGGCCAAGGUGGUGGUGAUUGAGAAGAGGGACACCUUCUCCAGGAACAACGUGCUGCAUCUGUGGCCCUACACCAUCCAUGACCUCAGGGGCCUCGGGGCCAAGAAGUUCUACGGAAAAUUCUGUGCUGGAGCCAUAGACCACAUCAGUAUUCGCCAGCUCCAGCUCAUGCUACUGAAGGUCUCCCUCAUUGUGGGGGUGGAGGUCCAUGUCAACGUGGAGUUUGUCAAACUGUUGGAGCCACCGGAGAACCAGGAGAAUGAAGGGCCUGGAUGGAGAGCAGAGAUCAGACCAGAAAACCACCCUCUCAUUGACUUUGACUUUGACGUGGUGAUUGGCGCAGAUGGACGCAGAAACACGCUAGACGGUUUCAGGAGGAAAGAGUUCCGGGGCAAGCUGGCCAUCGCCAUCACAGCCAACUUCGUCAACCGGAACACCACGGCCGAGGCCAAGGUGGAGGAGAUCAGCGGCGUGGCCUUCAUCUUCAACCAGAAGUUCUUCCUGGAGCUUAAAGAGGAAACCGGGAUUGAUCUGGAGAACAUUGUGUACUACAGAGACAACACACACUAUUUUGUGAUGACCGCAAAGAAGCAGAGUCUGCUGGACAAGGGAGUCAUCAUUUAUGAUCACGUUGAAACAGAGAAGCUGCUGGGCCGAGACAACGUGAACCAGGAGGCUCUUCUCUCCUACGCCCGUGAGGCGGCCGACUUUGGCACCAACUACCAGUUGCCCUCUCUAGACUACGCCAUCAACCACUGCAGCCAGCCCGACGUGGCCAUGUUCGACUUCACCUGCAUGUACGCCUCGGAGAACGCAGCUCUUGUCAGGGAGAAGUACGGACACCAGCUACUUGUGUCCCUGGUGGGGGACAGUCUACUGGAGCCCUUCUGGCCCAUGGGGACUGGCUGUGCUCGAGGCUUCCUUGCUGCCUUUGACACGGUGUGGAUGGUGAGGGGCUGGGUACAGGGCAAGACCCCCCUGGAGAUCCUGGCAGAAAGGGAGAGUCUCUACAGGCUAUUACCCCAAACAACGACAGAGAACAUCUCAAAGAACUUUGAGCAGUACACCAUUGACCCGGUAACACGGUACCCCAACCUCAACUCCAGCUGUGUCAAGCCACAUCAGGUGUGUCACCUGUUCUUAGACGGGCAGCAGGACUCCUAUCUUCUGGAAUGCUGUGGACCCACACAUAGAUCUGUCAGUCUCUCCAGACGAGAGUCGGACAUUCGGCCAAGCCGCCUCCUCACCUGGUGUCAGAAGCAGACUCUGGGUUAUAGAGGCGUGGACGUCACCAACCUCACCUCCUCCUGGAAGAGUGGCCUGGCGCUCUGUGCUCUUAUACACCUCAUGCGACCUGACCUCAUUGACUUUGACUCCCUGAAUGAGGAGGACUCAGCCAAGAACAACCAGCUGGCCUUUGACAUAGCAGAGCGUGAGUUUGGUAUCCAGCCUGUGACCACGGGGAAGGAGAUGGCUCUGGACCAGGACCCAGACAAGCUGAUGAUGGUGCUGUACAUCUCCAAGGUUUACGAGAUGUUCCGCAACUCACCUGCAUCCAUCACUGGUACAAGGGAAACGGAUGAGAACAAUGAGAACUAUUCAUCCGAGUCUGCAAACUCAGUUUACAACUUAAUGAACCAAACACAGCCAAGAAAGAGGAUCCCAAAGGAUGACAAGAGGCUGGAGAAAGAUGACCCAAUGAGCAAAAGACAAAGAAAGGGCAACUACUUAGAGGAGUUGUCCUGUCAGAGUGCCCCCCCCGCAGGUGAGAGCGGAGAGCAGAAUAAGGUGCGCUCCAUGGCCACCCAGCUGCUGGCCAAGAUUGAGGAGAAUGCGGUGCCUGGCGGUGCCCUGCGCAAAAAGCCUUCCAUCUAUAUGCGACUCUUAGAAGAGCCUGCAGCCGUGGCGCAACCCACUCCCCUUCACAUUCCAACAUGGUCCUGGAGUCCUCCACAGGAUGAUCAAACACAGGCCUCUCCACGCACAGAGUUUGUGCAGCAGAGAGUGUGGAUACCAUGCACCGAAAUCCCAGACUAUGUAGAUUACCCAGAACACCCCUCUCCUGACCCCACAGGGAUGAGACAGCGCCUAGAGAAGCUGGGGGACAAGACGAACCAGUGUGUUGGAAGGAAGGAGUUUCCUCAGAACCUGGGAGGCAGUGACAUGUGUCACUUCUGCUCCAAGCGUGUGUACGUGAUGGAGCGUCUCAGUGCUGAGGGCCACUUCUUCCACAGGGACUGUUUCCGCUGUGACGUCUGCAGCUCCACACUACGCCUGGGCGGACACGCCUACAACUCCCAACAGGGCAAGUUUUAUUGCAAGCUUCACUAUUCUCAGCGCCAACCCAGCCUUCAAAGUUCAAGCAAGUUCCAGAGGAGAACGGAGGACCAGGGACAUCUGACCUCUUUGGCGAACGGGAGUGACCCCAACUCAACCAUGGGCAGCCUGCAGAGCCAGCCGCCAGGACAUCACUACAGAUGCACAGGUCUGAUGAAUGGACUGUACACCCGCACGGUGCCUGAGGUGGCCAUGAACACAGUGGACCUGGACAUGCCUGACUCCAACAGGACUGCUGACUCGAAGAAACAGGCCAACUCCGAUACAUCUCUCAAACCACAAGAUUCUGCACAGGAGAAGAAAGAACAUUCCAGUACCAAGUCAUCCCUCCCAUCUGGGAACAGCAGAUGGAAGAGGAAGAUCUGUGCUACUCUCCCUCUCAUCCUGGUGAGGCACUUCUCACGUGAAAAAGCUGCAGAAAACGAGGAGCCCAACAUUGAAGAGGCCAACUCUGAUUUUGAGGAGAUUGAACCACUGCAGGUCUCCCAUGAUGGUCCUAAACCACCUGCAGAUUCUCAGAAUCAGAGUUCAUCGAUGGAUAAAGAAGAAUGCCCUGUCACAAAUGUGCCACAGCUGGAGGAAGCAGUCGGCCGUAAGAAAAGGCUGACCCUGUCCCUGUCUGAGAAAGAGAAACUCCUGGACUGGAAUCUGGCUACUCCAGAAGAGGCCCGAGGCACUGGAGGAGGAGAUCCUUCCACACAUCCCAAACCUGGGGACCAGAUCCCCCCGAAGGACCUAUUGCCUCGGGUAGAGGCAGAACCAGUCCCAGCUCAGCCCCAGCCAGCUCAGCCCCAGCCAGUUCCGUCCGCAUUCCAGGUGUGGGCCAAUGCUUUCAGGAGGUCUUUUGGAAUAUCAAGGACAACAACAGACUCCAACACGGUUGUCACCAGGAGGAAAAACAACAGUCCAACCAAGCCUAGGCCUCUGUCUGAUGGAGCAUUCAGCUUUAGCUCCCUGUUUGGGGAUACCGCCCAAAGCCAGGAGGCCCAACCAGUGGAAGAGGGGCAGAAGAGCCAGCCGUCCCCACAUCCACUCAAGGCCUCCAUGGGUCACAGACCCACAGACCUGCCCACGCUACUGGAACAGGUCUCCCUAGGCAGCAACAAGUCUGUAGGAUCCUUCACCACAGACGACAUGGCUUCACUCCCGCCCAGGAAGCUCUACUUUUUCUCCUCCCUGAGGCUGAAGAAGAGGGGGGGACCGGAGGGAGUGGGGGGUCAGGAGAAGGACAUCAGGACCAUCCUGUCCAACAUCAGGAACAAAGCCUCCAGCAAACAGCAGAAAGAUGAGUCCGACUCCUCAAGUGACGAUGAGCACGUCCCAGCCAAACAGAAGUUCCAUGGGAGCUCGGAGAGACAGAGGAGGAGACGGGAGAAGACUGUGAUUCAACAGGCCAAGAGAGAGCAGCUGAAGAGGCUCCACAGAGCCCAGAUCAUCCAGAGGCAGCUGGAGGAAGUCGGGGAGAAGCAGAGAGACCUGGAGGAGAGAGGGGUGACCAUUGAGAAGGUCCUUCGGGGCGAAGCCCCAGACGAAGGUGAUGGUCUCUCUGAUGAGCACGAGCUCCUCCAAAUGUGGUUCAAGCUGGUCCUGGAGAAGAACAAACUGGCCCGCUAUGAGGAAGAGCUAGUCAUAUUUGCUCAGGAACUCGAGCUGGAGGACACACAGAGUCAACUCCAGACAGAUCUACGACGCAGGAUGUCAGUAGACGACUCCAGGAAGAGCUCCAGUGAGCUGGCGGAGGAGCAGCAGAUGCUGACUGAGAUCAUGAAGGUGGUGGAGAGGAGAGACACUUUGGUCAGCCUGCUGGAGGAGCAGCGGCUGCAGGAGAGGGCUGAGGACAGAGACCUGGAGAGCCUGGUGCUGUCUAGGGGCUACCAGUUCCAUUGGACCUGAGGAGUUGCAGCCCUCUGGGGCAGGGAAAAGGAUAACAGUACCAUGCAGCUCUAUGGGUAGAGGCGACAAGUACUACACUACUGGAUUUGGCCUCAAGUGGCAUGGUGACCUUUUGAAUAUGUAUAUAGGUUUUACUUAUCAAUUCCUACUUGAGGAUCACAUCUCUUAUAGACCUGAGGGUUGUACAUCCAGUGUCUGUAUGCCUAGUCUCUCUUGACAGCCUUCUGAGAUUACUGUAUGCCUAACCAAGAACACCUCAUAUGCUGCAGUAGGAAUGGAAUAAAUGAAAUAUUAUUUAGUUUUCUUUACUUUGUCAGUUGCACUGGAAAGCACGUAAACACUACAGAAACCCAAAGAUUCAUCCUAUCAAGUAUGUUUUCCCUCUCAAAGCAAAAUGUAUUUUGUAUGUGUAGGUCUCUGUUGUAGAUCUCUACUGUUCAUGUGUUGUGUUGAGAAGCACUGGAAAAACGACUAUGUUGUAUAACUUCAUUUGCACUAUACCAAGUAAUUUAAUCAACCAAUACACCAUUUUCCACAGGACUUUUUACUAUUAUUCCUGCAUGUUGUCUGUCCUAUUACUAAGUACUGACCACAACCAACAGGAUUUUAUUCACUUUUUUGAGUCCUCCUUGCCCAACUUUUUUCAUGUAAAUGAUGAUUGGAUCUGUUGGUUCAAUUUAUUUAGUUUGAUAUGAGUUUAGGAGUGUCUCCAUAGCACAAUAAAUUGAGUUAUUAAAUCCUAAACUGACA